UCAUAUUUGGGGGGUUUAUUUCUGUUUCUUCAGCUAAGCUUCAUAUUGAAUCACGUAUGUGUCUUUAAGUUUGGAAGACAUUUACUUUGUAAACAAGGCAUGAUGCACAUCAUUAACAUUUUCCCUACUGCCCACAAUACAGAAGUAGAACGGAGGCAUUGUGCACAUCAUACAAACAUUGAAGAUAAGACGCGAAGCUCGUGGCAGUGGUACAGCAGCAGAGUUUUUUACCAAAGAAUUACAGAAAGGCUUGAGCUGGAAGGGACCUUACAAGUUGAACUAAUUCCAUCCACCUGCCAUGGCCAGAGUUGCCACUAGAUAAGGUUAGAAUAGGGCCCCAUCCAACCUGGCCUUGAACACUACCCAGGAUGGGGCAUCCACAGCUUCUCCGGGCAGCCUAUGCCACUGCCCCACCAAUCUCGAAGUCAAGAAUUUCCUCUAAGAGUUUAUCUAAUCUCCUAGAUUAAAACUGUUCCACCUUGUUCUACCCCUAUCAGACCACGUAAAAAGUUACUCACCACACGCACUAGAGACCAAAUAUGCUGUUAACUUGCAAAUCUUUACUAGACCCUCUAGAAACCUAGACUAGACUCAGACCAGAAAUGCUAGCGCGGUACCAGGGCUGCAACUCUGGCCAACGGACAGCUGCACUGCAGCAUCUGCCACGAGGAGCACUGACAGCAUGUGGAGAGAGGCUGUCCUUCCUCUCUGCUGCAUGGCAGAACCAGGACUUCACUCCAUGCUGCCUAUAAGGGCUGCCACCCUCUUGCUUGAGGGCCCACGUCCACAAUCCCUGUGAGGCGGUGACCGUGAUGUCACAGUGGCUGGCAGGGAGCGGCCAUUGUGACCCGUGAGGCUUGGAACGGAGCAAAGGCUGCCGGGCUCAGGCCCAGUCAGUGCGGCCUGGUGAGGCGCAGAGAGAGCAGGGACUCUCGCAGUGCUCGCCGUUGACGCACAUCAUGUCCAAGAGGAAGCGGAAGGCCCCCAACUCAGGGGAGCCAGCGUGUGUUCUGUGUGGCCGGGCAGAUGCUGACCCAGCCAUCUGCGGGCGCACAUUUGACAACAGUGGGAUUCGCGUCCAUGAGUUCUGCUUGAUUUUUGCCAACAUCGCUUUUGAAGAAAGACCCAUAUGGGAGAGAACUGUGGGCCUCCCCAUUGCUGCCAUCAGACGCAAGGUCAAGGAGGCAAACAAGAAGCAAUGCUGUGUUUGUGGGGAGAGGGGAGCCGCCCUCACAUGUGCAGAGAGUGGCUGUGCACUCAGCUUCCAUCUGCCCUGCGCCGCGGAUGGGGAAUGCGUCACCCAGUUCUUUGGGCGGCACAGGUCCUUCUGCCGGGAGCACCACCCUCGACAGGAAAUUCAGGAAGCUCCAGAGCAAGGCACCACCUGUGUGAUCUGCCUGGAGACCGUGGGGGACAGUGCAUCCUACCACACGCUGGUGUGCCCAGCGUGCAGAAGUGCCUGGUUCCACCGGGGCUGCGUCCAGCAACAGGCCAUGAAUGCUGGCACUAGGUGCUUCCGGUGCCCUAUUUGUCGAGAUAAAGAUGAAUUCCAUUCAGAAAUGUACACCUUGGGGAUCAAAAUCCCAGACAGAAGACCAUCAUGGGAGGACAGUAAUGUAUAUGAUCCACUGCUAGAGAGGCACAGGCGUUGCGAUGUCAGCCAGUGCCUUUACCCUGGAGGCAGAGACCGGGCAGAGAGAAGGGGGCCCUGGCAGCUGAUCCUAUGCAGCUCCUGUGCUGCUGAGGGCACCCACCGACAGUGCUCCUUUUUAAGUAACACAAGAGCCUCCUGGGAGUGCAACAGCUGUGCUGGCCUGGGUACAGCCUCCAGUGACAACAAUGAGCUCGCCAGCCAGGCAGCACUGGGGACAUCACACAGUUCCCAGCUGCCUCAGCACAGCGACCUGCUGAGUGAACCUGGGACUGAACAGAGGACAAAUCGCCCACGUUUAUGUGAGGAUCAUGCUAUCUCUGAGCAGCUCCGAGGACACCAUGGGAGCAGACGAACAGCCGCCCCAAGUGCUGAGAGCCACUCCCGCACAUCCACCAGACGGAGGACAUCAGGGUCCUCCAGGGCAUCUCUGGCAGCUGCACGCAGAAGGCGUCCCAGGCAGCGGGGAAGAAGCCGGACACGAAGCCGCUCCCCACUGCAAGGUCGGGCCCCACGUUCCCAGACCCGGCCAAGAAGAUGCCAAAGCAGCAGGCAAAGGCCAGCCCCAGGGGAUCAGAGCAGCACCCACAGCUCAGCAAGAUCCACAGUAUCGAGGUCCUUGAGGGAUUCCUUAGGGCCUGAACGCAGGGGACGGACCAUGCAGCGAGGGCGGGCCCCCAUACAAAGCCCUUCCCCAGAGAGACAUCCAGCUUACCAUUCCCACAGCUCACUUCAAAGAGGCAGCAGGAGCCAGUCCCAACAGCAGAGGCCAUCUCAGGAAUGAAGCUGUUCCCAGGUCCAUCAUCAGAGCCUAAGUGCCCACAGACAGCCUCCAUAUCUGCAUAGGAGCAGCUGUGUGCCAGUCCUACCUGCUUGCUGUGGUCCCAAGAGUCCAACACAAUAAAGCUGGGAGAUCCCCCACA